AAAAGGGACGAGCAAAGUCACAGGCAAAAACUUGUGCUAUAAAGGCUCUACGUUUCACAGAGUGGUAAAGAACUUCAUGAUCCAGGGUGGAGAUUUCACAGAAGGUAACGGAAGAGGGGGCGAGUCGAUAUACGGUGGCUACUUUGAAGGUAAGCAGGUCGGUCGACUUGGGACAGAAAGUCCUAGAGGAGUUGCUCAGUACCAAUGUUGUAUAUAUGUGCUGUAUUAGUACCUUCCAUCUCUUUGUAUUUAUGCAUGAGCCUAAUGUUGCAUGAACUUGUUAAAAAAAAAUUUAUCAGACUUAUUUACAUCUUAAGGUUACUUUUAAUUUCUCUGGAGGUAAUUUUUAUUUUGUCUUUGUAGACUUUCGAAGUGGGUAACUUUUUCUUUUCUUUUUUUUUGUUUGCUGACUCAGCAUGAGGAUUAGGCUUUUUUUUAAUUGAGAUCAAUCUUCCUGCCUAAAUUUAUGAACAUAUGUUUUUAUUUAUAGAGAUUGUGGUCUUAUGCAAAAUGAAGGUAAGAGAUGCACACAGCUCAGUAACACAAUACAUUGUGCCCUUUCACCUUCCCCACAACGAUGGUUCCAAAAGUCUUCCGUGAUCAAUGUGUGGAUAAAUAUUCAUUGAAGACUUUGAGGUGUAUCUUUCUUUUUUUUCUUUUUCAUUUCCCCUCUUCGCAUCAUUAGUUGUAGUGAUAGAAUUAUCACACUGGGUAUGUGAUAGCUUGUAUAUUUGUUUGUUUUCAAUCACCACAGAUUUAUAUGCACACAUGGGUUCGUAGGCAAGGUGGACGACGUAUUUGUUUCUUAGGCCAGAUACCUUAAGGGUUUUCUCACUUAUUAAAUGUUAAGAGCUGUAUGUUAUUCUAAUGAUAAUUUUAUUAUGAUUCUUUAAAGAUUAUUAUGGGAAAUAUUUGUUUCAUACACACCUAGCACCUUGUAUUGCAUGUCUCUAUAAGGUCUGUUUGCUUUUUAUCUGCUCUAGAUAAACACAUUUUGUGCUUUAUGUAGCUUUUUUGUGUUUGAUUUAAGAUCUUAGUAUUUCAAUAAUAGAAUAAGUUCAUUAAUACUUGGGCAGCAUCAUAGUUCAUCACUGUCACGUCGCAGAUAUGAGGCUAUGGGUUUGAGUCUGGGCCCAGCUCUGUGUGCGGAGUUUGCAUGUUCUCUAAGUGUUUGUGUGGAUGUUCUCCAGGAUUUCGGGUUAUGCCUAUAAUCCAAGGACUUGUACAGGUGACCGUAAACUGCCAGUUUCCCAAAAUAGGCCUUGGAUUAUUUCAUUCCUUAUGGUUAGGGGAUUGGUAGAAAUGGAUGGAAUCCAAUUUCUUAUGCAACUUCCGGAACAAAUUGAAAGCAAGAGUCAAACAGAUUUUAUUUCUUCUGAUAAAUAUUGGAAAAAACAGUGCCUGACUCAAUUGUAAAUAAAGGACAAUAAGAAUAAAUAAAGGAUACUGCUUUGAUCAACUGAAAUCAGACCUUUAGUGAGGAGGGCAGUCUUGAAUAGCAGUUUACGUGUCUUUCUGAAAUGUGUUUUUCAUGUGUCUUAUUGAAGGUUAAAGUGAAUGUCCUAAGCAUUGUUAGCUUGAGAUUUACUUAUGGUAGGAGUGACCGUUUUUCUUGCAGAAGGGCAAUUUUCUGGGCCGCCUUACUUGAGGAUACAUGGCGUCAUUAAUCCUAAGCGCUGGCACUUCUGACAAGGAAAUGUAACACAUCUCACUGGGUGUCUCUCUCUUCUAACAGAUGAGAAUUUUAAGCUCAAACACGACAGAGCCUUUCUUUUGUCAAUGGCCAACCGAGGCAAAGACACAAACGGUUCUCAGUUUUUCAUAAACUCUAGCAUCCUGCUCUUCCAAGUACUACGAAGAUGGCCCCACAUCUGGAUGGAGUUCACGUAGUCUUCGGUUUGGUCAUCUCCGGCUUUGAAGUGGUAAAGAAGAUCGAGUCCUUGAAGACCGACUCAGCCAGCAGGCCAUACGCGGAUGUGAGGGUGAUCGACUGCGGCCAGCUGAUAACAAAAUCAGCCAAUGACGUGCUCAGUUGCAAGAGAAAGAGGCAGUCUCACUCGGCAGACUCUUCCCUCAGUUCUUCAGACUCUUCCUUUUCCUCCUCCUCAUCUCCGGAGUCGGACAGCGAAUCAGAAGAGAAGUACAGGCGGGGUCGCCGGCGGAAGCAGCCUGCGAAGAGCAAGCACUCCAAGAAGAGAAGAAAGGAGGCAAAGAAGAAGGAGAGCCGGCACCGAAGGACAGAAUCCAGCCAGAGUAGUUUGGAGGAAGAGUCUGUUGAUGAAGAGAAAGACCUGAAUGUGAAAAGGGAAAAGCCUGUGGUUCGGCCAGAAGAGAUUCCACCUGUGCCAGAGAACCGAUUCCUUCUGAGGCGCGAUCCGCCAGAUGAAGAAGAAAAGCCAGACACAGCGCAGCAAGAGAUCCCCUCAGCUCCAAAUGAUGUGAAGCCAGCAGUCACCAAAUCCGGACGGAAAAUCAAAGGCCGCGGAACAAUGAGAUACCAUACUCCCACUCGGUCGAAGUCCCGCUCGGUGUCCGAAGAGGAUCGUGGGAGCAGUGAAACUCCGCCUCACUGGAAAGAGGAGAUGCAGAGGACUAAGACAUACCAGCCGCCGACCGUGGAGAAAUGGAGCAAAGGGGACAAAUUGAAUGACCAUUGUUCAAGCAGAUGGGACAACAGAACUGUCUCUCCGUGGUCCAGGUCAUGGUCACAGGACUACACUUCUGAUCAUAGCUCGAGUAGAUCCAGCCACCACUCCCGACGCAGGAAAGACAAGAGGAAGGUCAAGCAUAAAAAGAAGUCUAAAAAACAGAAGCAUUCGAAGAAGAAAGCCCAUAAGAAGAAAAACCGGGAGUCACCGCUUUCUGAAGGUGAAAGGUCAUUCUCCUCUGAGAGAAGAUCAAGGCACUCCUAUCGUGAUAGGAGGUCUCGUUCUUCUUCCAACUACAGACCCCCCGUGAAAGAGUGGUCUGGCUCAGAAAAAGGCCACCGAUCAAUACCCACCUCAAGAGACUCGCGCUCAUACACCAGAUCACAAAGUCGAUCUUAUUCUUCAAGUCGUUCAAGGUCACGAGGUAGGUCAGGAUCCUCUUCAAGGUCCAGGAGUCUUUCACAGUCAAGGUCAAGAUCCAGGUCACUAUCGAGAUCAAAGAGAAGGAAAUUAUCAAGAUCCCCUUGCAAAACAAAGCUCAUUGAGACCAGCCAACCAAAAGUAGACACUGCUGUACAGGCACCAAUUAAAACUGAAAAUACUCUGACUCCUCUUGCAUCUGCAGAGAGUGUUCCAGUGUUACCUUUAAGUGAUAGUCCCCCACCAUCAAGAUGGAAACCUGGACAGAAACCUUGGAAGCCCUCAUAUGUCCGUAUCCAGGAAAUCAAAGAAAAAACGACACCAGCCCCACACAUUCAAUCUGGCCACACAGUCACUGGUGUCACACAGAGUAAACCUAUAUCCUCCUACCGUGACCAGCGUGACAAUUCGGACACUGAAAGAAGCAGCAACUCCAGGCGAGACAGUCUCAAGAGACGGAAACAUGAACGACGGCCACACAGUAGUUCUUCUAGAAGCAGAUGCAACAGCAGAUCCUGCAGCCGCUCCAGAAGUAGGGAUCGUUCCAGAUCCAGGUCCUUGUCCCCAUCUGGGUAUGACAGUCGGUCCUCAUCUUACAGCAGAUCAGAUUCAGUUGAAUCUUACAGGAAGCACAAGGUUCCGAGACAAGAAAAUUCAGGUGAAAAGAGAGAGAAAAGGCAUUGUAGUACACAAGAGGUAUCUGAAAAGUAUUCAUUGACCAGUAGUACACCCAAAACCAGGAAGCAAAAUCACAGUUCACAUUCUUGUUCAGAGAAUGCAGCUGACAGUGAGAAGAGCCCAAUACACAGUCAUAGACAUGUUGCCGAUUCAAAGAGGACAAAGAGGAAGCUUAACGUAGAUGCCUGUAGCCAAGAGAUCACUGACCAAGAAAGGGAGAAACAAAAUAAUGCUUUAAUUCUUACAGUUGGUGAAAAAUCUGGAAAAAAGAUUAACCUCUCAUUAGAGAUGCAUAAACUAGGAGUUAAACUGAGUGAGGAGAGUAAUAAGAAGUCAGUUUUGAUUGAGUUGGAUUCCGAAAGUGACUCUGAAAGAGCUGAAAAAAGGGACAAGGUAAUGGAUUCAAAACAUUCCUCUGGCAAAGAAGAAGGAGAAGCCAGCUCUGGAUCUGACAGUGAAGAGCAGGUGCCUUUGGACAGUAAAACAAGUAAAGUUGCUGGUGAUGCAGUGCCUGUAAAUACAGAUGUUGAGUUUCCGAAGGCUCCAAGAAGUGCACCAGUUUCGAUUAAUAAAAGUUCCCAGAUAGAAAAUGAAAGUGAAAAACACAAGACGAAGAAGAAAGCUAAACGGAAGCAUAAGCACAAAAAAAGGCAUUCAACCAAAAUACGGCUACACGGGUCAAAGUCCAAAUCCAAGACAAAAAAGUCCAAGAAAAAACAUCAGAAACCCAAGGAAACCUUCCACUGGCAGCCACCUCUAGAAUUUGGAGAGGAGGAGGAAGAAGAAGAGGCACCAUUACAAAAGGAGCAUGUCAGCCUGAAACGUGUGUCACUGAGAAAAAGUCCCAUAAAAACAGAUACAGGAAAGACCCAGAAGUCACAUGGUUUGGAAAAAGAAAUCAAAACAGGCAAAACUCACAAAACACAUAAAGAGAACAGUUUGUCACAAUCAACAGCUUGUUCUGUGGAACCUGUAAUUGGAACAACCAGAAAGGAGCAGAAUAUUAAACCACCUAUUGCAAGUCCUGCAAAGGUUGGACACAUAGAUGUUACUGCUCAGAAAUUGGGAGCUGCUGCCUCUGAGUCUUCGAAGUCUCCAGACCAACAGCAAGAUGAUUCUAUGGAGAUAUGCACUCCUGAGCAUGACACACCAGCAACCUACCUUGAGAAAUCAUGUAUUGAUGCCCUAGAAAUUUCACGGAAUAUUUCUGCAGUAACAGACCCCUUAAGUACAAUGAAGAAUGUUAAAACUGUUUCAGUUCCUGUUAUUGAGAAGCCUCAGGCUCCAGUAGCUGUGACUGUUUCAGUACCAAGUUGUGGGUCUAGUGAAGAACCUGAUGUAAGUAAACCCUCAGGAGUAUCCAGCAACUCUCGGUGGAGGCCUCUAGGCAUAUCUACACUUCAGGGGCUGAAUAUGAAUGUUGCAGAGCACAAAAGUGCAGGAGCCCCAGGACAUGGCGAGAGUAAAACCCAAGGUGUCCGGAUUGAAAUAAAGAGUAAGAGCAGAGUACGCCCAGGAUCGCUGUUCGAUGAAGUCCGCAAGACUGCCCGGUUGAACCAGAGGCCCAGGAAUCAGGACAGCUCCAGUGAGGAGACAUCUCCUUUAGCAGAAGACAAAGGCAAGUCACACAGCAAGAGCAGCUCAAGGAGCAAGUCUCGCUCAGUCUCCAGCCCAAGGUCAAGAUCCAGAAGUAGGUCGCACUCGUACAGCCACUCUGUAAGCCGAUCCAGGAGCACCAGCUCUUCCUACAGGAGCUACAGCAGGAGCCACAGUCGGAGACGAUACAGCAGGGGGCGCUCACGCACUCGAAGCAGCACCUAUCGUAGCCACCGCAGUUACAGCCGUACCUGCAGUAGGAGUCAUUCCAGAAGCCGAUCAUAUGAUCGACACAGAAGGUCCAGGUCCGAGUCUUACGACAGCUACAGCAGCCGGAGCUGGAGCCGGAGCAGCAGAGGCAGAAGCAAUAGUUACAGGAGCUCUGACAAUAGAUCUAGGUCAUACCGGUCCUAUAGCCGAAGUGAUCGAUCUUACUCCAGGCGUCGCAGUCACAGUUGGAGUAGCUGAUGUAUAGUGGGAGAGGAGGGGUCCUGAUGUAACAGUCUCCCCUGCUAGGAUAUUUUUAUUGCCACUUGAUAAAAUGCUAAAUAUCAGAAUUUUAAUUUUUUCCAUUCAGAGUUUCAAAGAAACCAGUGAAUGCACAAAUGGUGUAAAUACUUGUGCACAUUCGUUCCCAGAUCUCCCCCCACACUCUUGUUGAAUUUUAUACUUGCUCUUAUAAGCUACAUAAUGAAAUUGUUGCAUAUCUACUUUGAUAAAAUUACAAUACCCUCUAUUCCGGAUGUGUGUACACAAGGGAAUCGACUGCUGUUGGCAUGAAGGCUCACUGUAAUCCUUGCUGCUCAUGCAUAUUUGUGCUUUUUUUUUUUCCUUUGUGUUUAAGUUCCUGUCCCUGUCCUGUUUUCAGCAUCUUCUGUAGCAAUGGCUGUACAGAGCCAUCAUCUUUGGAACCCAAUAAAUACUUUUGCAGUUUU